UUAGGUGUGAGGUCAUGAACCCAUUGGUGAUCGUUAAUUUUGAAAGGUUACUUGAGCAAAAUUUUCAUACAAGAUUUAUGUCUAUAUACCAUGUCCUCAUGUCAAUGCAGGUAAACCCUUCUUCGUAUUCUCCUGCUCGUGUUUGUAGCCCAGACUACGAUAACUCUUCUGUCCAGUUUGAUUUGUCUAUGCAGCAGGAAAUUCGUGGAAUCCCGGAUCCGCAUCGUCCACUUCUGAUUCCAAGAAUUUUCGAAGCUAAAUAUAGACACGUCGAUGCUGAUAAAUUGUACUUUACUGAUGGAUCACUUAUAGAGGAAUCAACAGGAUUUGGAGUGUUCAACGAAAUAUCUAGCGCCUUUUACAGCCUCGAGUCACCAUGCUCUGUGUAUAUAGCAGAGUUAGCAGCAAUUCAUUGGGCUUUGGACAGUAUCGCUUCAAGGCCAGUCGGGCACUACUUUAUUGUAACGGAUAGUCUGAGUUCUGUUCAAGCAAUUCACUCAAUAAAACCGGGAAAGCACUCGCCAUACUUCUUCGAGAAGAUACGGGAUAGUUUGAGUGCUUUAUCAAAACGUCGCUUUACCAUCACCUUUGUUUGGGUUCCCUCUCAUUGCUCGAUAGAGGGUAAUGAGAAGGCAGACUCUCUGGCAAAGGUGGGGGCGAUGGAAGGCGACACGUAUCAGCGUGAAAUCGCCUUCAACGAAUUUUACUUUUUAGUUCGAAGAAACUCUCUUGUCAACUGGCAACGCAAAUGGGACGAGGAUGAGGAUGGUCGGUGGCUGCACUCGAUUAUCCCAAGGCAAUUUGUGUAGUUGCGGCCAAGGUUACCACGACAUCGAGCAUAUUGUUUGGUCGUGCGAGGUCCAUCUUGUCGCUAGAACGAAUUUCAUAGACUCCCUUCGGGCCCGAGGAAAACCACCCUAUGUUCCAGUGAGAGAUGUGCUGGCAGUGAUAGACUUGGACUACAUGUUCGAAAUAUAUCUUUUCCUUAAAGCUAUUGAUCUUCGUCUAUAAUUCUUUUUAUUUUCAUAUUUCCCUAUCUAUUUUCUUUUCUUU